ACCUGACUGCCUUGGCUCAAUGUCACUGGUCCCCGGUGGCCUCAUCUAUACCAUUCACGGGUCAGGUUCCAAUCCCCUGGGGAGGGGGGGUCCCCUGCUGCCCUCGCACUGCCUACCUCAGCACCCCCUCCUCUCCACCGCAGAGCCGGCCAUGUCUGCCAACGUCACGCUGAAGCCGCUCUGCCCCAUCCUGGAGCAGAUGAGCCGCAUCCAAAGCCACAGCAACUCCAGCAUCCGCUACAUGGACCACGUGUCGGUGCUGCUGCACGGGCUGGCCUCGGUGCUGGGCCUGGCGGAGAACGGACUCAUCCUCUUCGUGGUGGGCUGCCGCAUGCGCCAGACGGUGGUCACCACCUGGGUGCUGCACCUGGCGCUGUCCGACCUGCUGGCCACCGCCUCCCUGCCCUUCUUCACUUACUUCCUGGCCGUGGGCCACUCAUGGGAGCUGGGCACCACCUUCUGCAAGCUGCACUCCUCCGUCUUCUUCCUCAACAUGUUCGCCAGCGGCUUCCUGCUCAGCGCCAUCAGCCUGGACCGCUGCCUGCAGGUGGUGCGGCCCGUGUGGGCGCAGAACCACCGCACGGUGGCGGCGGCCCACAGGGUCUGCCUGGUGCUCUGGGCCCUGGCCGUCCUCAACACGGUGCCCUACUUCGUGUUCCGGGACACCAUCCCGCGGCUGGACGGCCGCAUCAUGUGCUACUACAACGUGCUGCUCCUGAACCCGGGGCCCGACCGCGACGCCACGUGCAACUCGCGUCAGGCGGCCCUGGCCGUCAGCAAGUUCCUGCUGGCCUUCGUCGUGCCGCUGGCCAUCAUUGCCUCCAGCCACGCGGUCGUGAGCGUGCAGCUGCGCCACCGCGGCCGCCGGCGGCCCAGCCGCUUCGUGCGCCUGGUGGCGGCCGUGGUGGCGGCCUUCGCGCUCUGCUGGGGGCCCUACCACGUGUUCAGCCUGCUGGAGGCGCGCGCGCACGCCGACGCGGAGCUGCGGCCGCUCGUGUGGCGCGGCCUGCCCUUCGUCACCAGCCUGGCCUUCAUCAACAGCGUGGUCAACCCGCUGCUCUACGUGCUCACGUGCCCCGACGUGCUGCGCAAGCUGCGGCGCUCGCUGCGGAGCGUGCUGGAGAGCGUGCUGCUGGACGACAGCGAGCUGGGCGGCUUAGGGGCAGGCUGUGGCCGCCGCGCCUCCGGCCCCCGCCCCGCCCCCCGCCCCGCCCCCGGCCGCCCGGCCGCCGGGCCCCCGCGCUGGCUCGCCUGGCUGUGCGGCGGCCGCCUGGCGUCCGCGCAGAGGGCCCGGGCCCAGGACGAGAGCGGCCCCCUGAACCGGGCGCUGAGCACCACCUCGGGGUAAGAGGGCGGCCGGGGCUCGCCGGCCCGGGAGGCAAAGGAGGGCGGCGAUGCCGAGCGAGAGCGUCCCGAGGGCGACGUCAGGCAGCGACCCAGGGAUCUGCAUUUUGCAGCGCCCGGCCUCCUCGGCCUUUCUCAGAAUCCUAGGCAGGCGGCAGGCCGGGCGGGACGCCCAGGUUCUGCAUUUCUAGCAAGCUCCCUAGAGACGAGGUCGGCGCAGGGGCAACACACGGUGAAAACCACAAGAUUUCUCAGACUGGGCAGUGGACUCCUGAGGCACGCAGGACACACUCCCCCUGAAGCUCAACUUUGUCAGAUGGUGGGAGGGGGAGGGAGGGGAGUGUUUUCACAUGAAACCAGUGAUGGGUUUUGGGGUAGAAAACAGAGGGGAAAGGUUUGGGAAGCACUGGCCUGGUCUAACCUCUUCAUUUAGUCCCUCAGCCACCGUGUACUGAGCUAGAGGCUUUAUCUCACAAUCCGGAGGGUAGGUUCCAUGGUCAGACUGAGGCACGUGGAGGUUCAUCCACGUGCCCCAAGUACAGGGUCUGCACACUGACCAUGAACCAUUACACGUUCCACUGCCCCAGGUAGAAAAGCAAGGCCUUUUCUAUAAGGCUUUUCUUAUAAAGUAGCAAAAGCGAGGGCUGUCGUGGUCAACCGGGGCUAACCCAAAUGCAACGGGCAUCUUUGCUGAAGGUCUUCUCAUUGUUUAGUAUUUCAACGUGUACGGCAGCCUCGGAGACCCCAGCACGGGACAUUUCCUUGCGAAUCUGACACCUGUAUAGGCCUGGUAUUCCAUGGGAUGCCCUGUGGGCAAUGCUGGUAAUCCCCAAAUCUUUGCAACCCACCUCCCGACUAGCAGCCACUGGGCAGCUGUGCCUUCCAAUUUGCAGACGUAAGGGGUAGCUCGUCCCUCCCUUGUAGCACACCCACUGUGCCAUGUGCUUCC